GAUGGCCAUCGCCCACAUCGCCUCCGAGUACCUCUUCUCGGACUUCUUGCUGAAGGAGCCGUCGGAGGGCAAGUACAAGGGGCUGCGGCUGGAGCUGGCCGUCGACAAGCUGGUCACCUGCAUCGCCGUCGGGCUGCCCAUCCUGCUCAUCUCGCUGGCCUUCGCCCAGGAGAUCUCCCUAGGUACCCAAAUGAGCUGCUAUUCUCCAAGUACAUUUUCCUGGCGCCAAGGAGCUUAUGUGGACUCUUACUGUUGGGCAGCUGUGCAACAGAGGCAGCUUUCGUGGGGUGACUCGGGACACCUUCCUCUCUGGCUUCAUAAAUUUUUCCCAUACAUCCUUCUGCUCCUUGCUGUCUUGCUGUACCUGCCAUAUCUCUUCUGGCGCUUCACCGCGACACCCUACCUUAGCUCCGACCUGCAGUUUAUUAUGGAAGAACUUGACAGAGCCUACAACAGAGCGAUCAGAGCUGCCAACAGCUGCCAUAAUGGGGACUUGAAGGAUCCCUCCAGCUCACCACCCAUUAUUAGUGACAACACAGGUCAGAGUUUGUGGGAGAUAUCCGAAAGCUACUUUAAGUACCCCAUGGUGGAACAGUACCUGAAGACAAGGAAGAGGUCCAAGCACUUGAUAAUCAAGUACAUCGUCUGCCGUCUGCUAACACUGACAAUUAUUCUGCUGGCCUGCCUCUACCUGGGCUAUUAUAUCAGCCUUUCCUCUAUGACCGACGAGUUCGUCUGCAACCUGAAAACCGGGAUCCUAAAGAAUGACACAACUAUUCCGGAACGGGUCCAGUGCAAACUGAUCGCAGUCGGUGUCUUCCAGCUGCUCAGUUACAUCAAUUUAAUUGUGUAUGUGCUGUUGGUGCCCGUCGUGCUUUAUGCCUUGCUGGUCCCGUUCAGGCAGAGUUCAGACAUACUGCAGUUAUAUGAAAUCCUGCCCACGUUUGAUGUUCUCAAGGUCAAAACAAAGCACUAUGACGACCUGAGCCUUUACCUCCUCUUCCUCGAGGAAAAUGUAAGCGAGCUUAAAUCUUAUAAGUGCCUCAAAGUUUUGGAGAGCCUGAAAGACACCGGAGAGAAGUUUGACGCGAUGCAACUCCUGGUGAAUCUUGGCAUGAUUAAAACAGAUGCAGCAGACGGGAGGUCACUCACCAUCAAAGACAAAUCUGGAAAGAAACUUGAUGGAGAACCCUCAAAGAGUGCAACCGAGUUAAAGGAUUUGGCACCACCAACACCGACAGGUGAGGGAGGAAGAACAAGUAAAGAAGAUGGCAAGAUUCGUCAGAGGCUUCUGGAUUCUUCUUGCUGAUGGCGGUCCAGUUGGUGACGGGU